UUUCUUAAUGAUUUUUGUCUUUCAUAUUAUCCAGAAGAACGGAUUGGCAAAUGGCAUACGAGAAGACAAGCAAAAAAGACAGAAGGUCGGCGUUUCGGUUAUGAUAUCGGCCACCGCUAUCCUUAAUAACCGGUCAACCGCCCCCAUUACACGCUCACCGCCACCCAUUAAAACCCUUUGUGAAAAAUAGGUUCUUUUAUUUUAAUUUUACCUUAUAAUCAAAAUUACAAACAACCAAAUCAAAUCUUCUGAUUUCUGGGGGAAAGGGAGGAAUACCUAAUUCCCCAGAAAAAAAGAAGUAAAAAACUCUAAUUUUCCCCAAAUUAAUUCACUUUAAGUUUGGAAAACACUAAAUCAUGACUCAUUUAUCCAAGAAGUUAUUGCGUUUGAAGCUCAAAAGAUCAAUUGUCUGGCGCGUUUCUAUUCUCCGGCGUUGUGUUGGAUCUAUUCGUGACCAAGUUCUUGCUUGUUGGAUCGAUAAACCCAUUCGCUACCGUCAAAUAGUGGAAUCCGGCCCCUCCGCCACCGUCUGCCACCGCUUUCCUUCCGGUGAAAUCGAUUCAUCUUGCGGUGAAAUGACUACCGUCUCCAACGUCUGUGAUCAUGACAAUGACGCUUCUGAUUUGGUUGCUUUAAAGAUUAGCCUGUUGGGAGAUAAUCAUAUCGGCAAAACAAGCUUCUUGGCAAAGUACGUAGGGAAAGAGAAAAAACCAGAAGAUUUUCCGGCGACUGAAGUUAAGAAGAUGGAUAAAAUUCUAUCCGUUAGAGGAGCAAGAAUUUCUUACAGUAUCUGGGAAGUUGGUGGCGAUGCAUUUUCUGCAGAUAAUGGUGGUUCCACGGCGGCGAUUCGUGCCGCCUGUAAAGACUCGGUAGCUAUGCUGUUCAUGUUUGAUCUUACCAGCCGGUGUACAUUGAACAGUGUAGUUAAUUGGUAUCAAGAAGCAAGAAAACAUAAUCAGACGGCGAUUCCGGUGAUGGUCGGUAGCAAGUUUGAUGAUUUCAUUCAACUUCCAAUUGAAAUGCAAUGGACGAUAUCCAGCGAGGCGAGAGCAUAUGCAAAGGCCAUAAACGCUACCUUGUUUUUCUCAAGUGCAUCUUACAACAUAAAUGUGAAUAAAAUCUUCAAAUACGUGACAGCAAAACUUUUCAACUUGUCAUGGAAUUUGGAACGUAAUCUUAAAGUUGGGGAACCAAUUAUUGAUUUUUAAGAGUGUUUUUUGUUAAGUUGAUAGGAGAUCAUGACCCUUUAAAAGGUGAAACUAAUAGGUUUUGGUUUAUGUUCUAUCAAUUUUCAAUUUUCAUGUACUAAAGAGUGUGGUGGAGGCUUUGAGUCACCCUACACCAUGGUUUAAAUGCAUCAAUAGACGAUUGUGGUUGGUCUCUUUAUCUAUUGGAAUGAUUAUCUUAAGUUUUACA